ACGAAUCAAUAUUACAUUGCAUCGAAAGGAAGCCAAGCUUCGCACAGAGGGAAAGAAGAAGGUACUGCGUUUUUUAUUUUAAAUUUAACUGUGCAUUAGUUUCUCAAUGAAUGUAAAAGUUGGAAUAUGCGACGAAGUUUCGCCCCAAGUCAGCUGGCGAAAAGAAAAUUAUCUCCUCCGGGUAAUUUAGAGAAAAGGUGUAGGAUUCAAGGUAACACUGUAUUAAAAAGUAAUAAUGAUUAUUACGAUAAUAAAGAACAUCAGGAGGAUAAUUGCAAAGAUAUUGAAAUAACCGGAAAGGAAAAUUUAAGUCAUGAAGAAAUUAUCAAGCAGAUUUUGUGCAAACCUUUUAAAGUACCUAUACCAAAUUAUAAUGGCUCUUGUCAACGUCGGUCUUUGGGUAUACGACGUUGUGGUGUCAAGCGAGCUUUGCAUGACCCUGAAGAAGAAGGUGCAUUGGUACUUUAUGAACCCAGACUGAUUUCAAUGCAUGAGCAAUUAAAUGUUUCGAACGCAAAAGUCGAUGUGCAUGUUGUUGUGGAUCCAGUUCUGUCAAAAAUUUUACGACCUCAUCAGAGAGAAGGAGUGAAAUUUAUGUGGGAUUGUGUUACUGGUAAACAGAUAGAGAAUAGUUAUGGUUGUAUUAUGGCUGAUGAGAUGGGAUUAGGAAAGACUUUACAGUGCAUAACUUUAUUAUGGACUUGUCUAAGACAAGGCCCUGAAGCAAAAGGCAUUAUUGAGAAAGCAAUAAUAGUAGCACCCAGCAGUUUGGUGAAAAAUUGGGAAAGAGAAGUGAGUAAAUGGCUUGGAAAUAGAGUUGGUGUUCUUGCAAUGGAUGGAGGAACUAAAGAAGAAAUUGACAAGAAACUAGAAAAUUUUGUUUUUGCUAUAGGUAGAAACUGCACUCCGAUUUUAAUCAUAUCAUAUGAAACCUUUCGCCUUCAUGCUAUGGUUUUAUAUAAAACUGAAAUUGGUUUAGUUAUAUGUGAUGAAGGUCACAGACUCAAAAAUUCUGAUAAUCAGACUUACCAAGCACUUGAUAAACUUAAUGCAAAAAGAAGGAUUUUAUUGUCUGGUACACCAAUACAGAAUGAUUUAUUGGAAUAUUUCAGUCUUAUACAGUUUGUUAAUAAAGAUAUAUUAGGUACUGCACAGGAAUUCAAGAAACAGUUUGAAAGACCUAUUCUUCGAUGUCGUGAUAUUGAUGCGACUCAAGCAGAACAAGAAAAAGGAAAAGAAAAAUUAGAUGAAUUGAUUAGUAUUGUAAAUAGGUGUAUGAUAAGAAGAACAUCCCAACUGCUUUCAAAUUAUCUUCCGGUUAAAAUAGAACUUGUAGUUUGCUGUGAAAUGACAGAAUUACAAAAAAGUUUAUACACACAUUAUGUGAACUCCCAAGCUGUUUCUAAAGCAUUAGAUUCAAAUAAUAAAGUUAGUGCUUUGUCUGCUGUCACUAGUUUGAAGAAAAUUUGUAAUCAUCCCGAUUUGAUACUUGAUCUUGCGAAGAAAAACCAAGAUGGUUUACGAAGUUGCUUAAAAUAUUUCCCACCAAAUCAUGAUGGAAAAAAUUUGAUUCCUGAAUUGUCAGGAAAAAUGAAGGUACUUGAUGGUAUCUUAGCUUUUGUGAAAACAACCACAAAUGAUAAAGUUGUUCUUGUAUCGAAUUAUACACAAACUUUAGACUUAUUUGAAAAACUUUGCAAGUUGAGGCAAUAUACAUUUGUUCGUUUAGAUGGCACAAUGACUGUUAAGAAGAGGGGGAAAAUAGUUGAAAAUUUUAAUGACCCAAAUAGCAAUAUAUUUAUUUUUAUGCUGAGUAGCAAAGCUGGUGGUUGUGGACUCAAUUUAAUUGGUGCUAAUCGGUUAGUGAUGUAUGAUCCAGAUUGGAAUCCAGCUAAUGAUGCUCAAGCGAUGGCAAGAGUUUGGCGAGAUGGUCAAAAAAAGGAAUGUUUCGUUUAUCGUUUGUUAUCCACAGGAACUAUUGAUGAAAAGAUUUUGUUACGUCAGACUCAUAAAAAGGGCUUAAGCAGCUGUGUUGUGGACGAAGAAGAGGUUCAAAGACAUUUUAGUCUUUCUGAAUUAAAAGAAUUAUUCCGUUUGGAAUCUGACACUUAUAGUGACACUCAUGAUAAAAUAAGAUGUGCCAGAUGUGUUAACUGGAUUCAGGUGACACCACCAUCUGAAAAUGCUACUUGUAAUAAUGAUUUAUCGCAGUGGCAUCAUUCAAAAGAUAAAAAAAAUGUCCCUGAUAUAAUAAUUAAAUCCUGCUGGAAUACUGGUGUUACAUUUGUGUUUCACCAAAAAUCCCAUGAGAAAAGAUUUGUCCCUUAGCAUUGUCAAAAAAUAUUUUGGAAAAAUAUUUAUAUAAUACAGUACUUAAGUGUUAAAAUAUUAUAUUUAAACAUUAAAUUAUUGUAUUUAAGUGUUAAAGAUAUAUCAUAUUUUAUGUAAUUCAUUGCAAAUUAUGAAAAAAUAUGUUUGUUUGCAUUUUUAAAUUACAGAUAUUUAUUUAAAUAUACAUCCUUCAUAUAUUUUAAAAUUUUGUAAAUAGUAAUUAGGAUUAUUUUGUGUUACAUUUGAGCAUGAAUAAUAAAUGAUGACUUUUAAAUAUUUUUAUGAUAAAAUAAAUUCUGAUAUCUUUGGAUAAAAAGUUUGAAGACGACUACAACUAUGUUGAUUAAAAAAUACUUUUUGGGAAUAUUAUUUGAACUUAUUAUCAUAGUAUAGCUAAAAAUUAAAUGCUGCCGAAGUAUCACAAAUUUUGCUUAGCAAUAUUUAUGAUACUAAAUGGAUAAAAAGUAUCUGGUAAAUUCUACAUCUUAAUAUGAUGUUUCGCAGAAUAAGCAUAAUUAUUAUACUGCGUCUAAUGCAAAGAUAAUAUAAAGUUUAUCUACCCAUUGUAAAUUUUGUAUAUAUAUAUAUAUUAUAUAUAUAUAUGUAUAAAUCAGAUAAUGUUGAAAUUGAGCAUUUUAAUAUAUUUAGUCUGCAAAGUUCAAAAUUACUUUCAAUGAAUGGCCAAACAAACAGUAAUUUGCCCACAAUAAAUGCAUGUGUUGUAAAUUAUGUAUAUCAUACUCAAUAUUGUUACAUUAACAGACAUAUGGUUAUUAGUAAAUUAAAAGUUUUUUUUUUAAUAUUUAAAAUGGAAUUCAUUUUUUUGUGUCAUUUAUAUUUUUCUUGAAAACUAUGGUUCAUUAGAGGUAUAGUUAUUUAACCACUUUAUCUUUUCUCAUAGCAAAGAAUAUUGCUGUGCAGAGCUUAUGUAGGAUUUGUAUGUUACCUUCCAUAUAUGAAUGAAUUAUUCCAAUCCACAUUCCAACGAAGUAAAAAAUGUCAGAUUUAUAUUCCAUAAAUAUAUCGUAUUCUGUGUAUAUUUCCUUUAAUAAAUUUUGUAUUAAUAACAUACUGAAUCAUUAAUGCUUUGACACCCAACAGUGUCUAGGGUAAAAUGUACCAAAUACUAAACUAAAAUGUACUUAACAAAGUAAAAAGAUCUGAUUUAAUUAAUGAUACUAGAGUCAGAACAUAUUCUUACAAAUAUGUCACAUUUGUUGUAUACUCUAAAUUUUAAGUUUUUAGGCCAAGGAAUUACUAUUAUCUACGAAAAGGUUUUGCUCUGCAUUGUUAAUGAGAAGUUUUCUGAAAAGAAUUAAUAUUUUGUAUAUUGCAUAAUUGUUCAAAGUAUUCGUUAUUGUUUGAGAUGCACACACACACACACACACACACACAAACAAAAGUCAGUACUAGUGAAAAUUUCUUCUUGAUCGCCGUGUUUGAAAAUACUGGCAUUUCAAUUAAAUGUAUUAAUGUGUUGAGGAAUAAUCAGAAAUUGUAUUUUUCUUAGAUGGCCAUUUGUUAUAAAUCAUGCAAAGUUGUGUUUAUUAUAUAAUAGUGCAAUAAAUUAUACUUUAAGUAAUAAUUUGUAUUUUAAUUAAAAGUAAUUAAUACUUUAUAAAUUUGCUUUGUUUUUAUAUUUUUGUUAAUUUUUUUAUGUAUUAGUUUGUUCAGAAAUAAUAGAAAUUUAUCAGUACUCAUAAAUGAUGAAGAAUCUGCUGAUUUCAAAAUUUUUGAGAAAAUUUUUCGCACUAGGAUCACCAGCAAAAACUGUUACUUGUUAAAAUAUCCUUUUCUGUUUAGUCAGUACUGAUGUCAAUGUAUUCAUCUGAAUAACUGUAAGAAAGAAUUUUUAUCUUAUACAAUGUUUUUGGUACAUCAAAAUUUUUGUCUUUUUCAAAUAUGAUGUCAAAUUCACGUAUGUAUUUUUGUUUUUACACCACAUUUUAGUCUUUCUGAGUGAAAAAUGAUAUGAGAAAUACUGAUGUAUAUGAUCAGUGCAUUUUACAGCUUUAAUUAUAGAUAUUAUAUCCAUAGAUUUAUUAUAAGAAUAGUUAAUAUUAUUUCUGCAUUGAAUAUAUAUCCUUUAUGUUCUGCUUGUUUUAGAAGAACUACAUCAAAUCUAUCCAAAAAAAAAAGUGUUAUUAUGUCAAAUUAAUGUGAAAAAAAAUAUUGAAAAAAGUUUUAAAAAAUGAGAUUUUAUUUGAAACACAUGAAAUAAUUAAAGAACUAAAAGGAGAAGAAUAAUUUAUUAUAUAAUCUAAAGCUAAAAAUAGAUUAAAAUAUUCUUUUUACAGAAUGCAUCUAGAAUUUUAUAUCACAGGUAAUAAAGCAUGAAGUAUCCUGGAUGAAUUUCUAAAGAUAAUGGAUUAUACUUUUGAUUAUGCCAUUAAAUUAGUAGAUUUUGUUAUUUAGGUACCCAAGCUUUAAUCAUUCAGUAGUAAAAUUGUUUAUGAAUUUGGCACUACUAUUCUCAUUAAUCUACAUGAUAAAUUAUUUUUCUUCUUUUUGUUCAUAAAUUAUUUCAUAUACUUUAAAUGAAAGCUUAUUUUUUAAAAAACCUUUUUUAAAAAUAUAUUUUCUUUUUAUCAUUUUGGUGUUAACGAGAUGUUAUCAAUGAAAAAAUUCAAUUGAAAAAUCAUUUUUGAACAAUGACUAAUCACUCUUUACUUCAAACACUGUUAUGUAAAGUGGUCUGAAAAACACAGUGAUAUUGCCAAAAAUAAAAAAUUACAUUAAAAACCUCAUGUAAACAUA